ACUGAAUUGAAGGCUAGGCACGAAGGUUGGGGAGACGAGACUCUAACCCCAUGGGGAAUACCCCAUAGUAAAAUUGGUUAUAUCAAUGUGAGUACACCCUGAUGCUAUGUCGAUUAUUAUAGUCUCUUCACAAAUAGCUUUCCCCAAGUCAGCUAUCUCGGUGUAACCUAGAGAAGAUGAUGAAACCCGAAGUUGAGGCAUUGGAGCAUGGAGAUGGAAUGCAUUUGUCUGAAGAACACAAACAGUACCUUCUUCAGCGUCAUGGAACAAUCGAUUUGGAUCCCCUUCCUUCUAUGUAUGAUGCCGAUCCUUUGAACUGGCCCAAAUGGAAGAAAGUCGUAAACAUAUUGUUGGUGGCCUUUCACGCAAUGAUGGCCACCUUCACAGCCGCCUCAAUCCAAUCAGCGUUUGUCGAAAUCGCCGAAGACCUCCACGCCAGCGUCCAACGAACAAGCUACCUAGUGUCCAUCAUUAUCGCCAUUAUAGGCGGUGCACCUUUCUUCUGGCGGCCCCUCUCUCAACGAUACGGCCGACGUCCGAUUUUCUUGUUAUCCGUUCUGUGCAGUCUGAUCGGCAACGUUGGCUGCGCUGUUAGUCAUUCCUACGGAACAAUGGGUGUUUGUCGCGCAAUUACUGCUUUUUUCAUUUGCCCUGCCGCUGCUAUCGGAACUGGGGUCGUGCAAGAGAUGUUUUUCCGUAAGGAGAGGGCCCGGUAUAUGGGUGUCUGGACGAUUAUGGUCACAUUGGGGGUUCCCGUUGCGCCAUUCAUCUUUGGAUUCGUCGCUCAGAGAGUCUCGUAUAGAUGGAUCUACUGGAUUCUGGCUAUCACAAACGGUGUGCAAUUCAUCCUUCAUGCCUUGUUUGGACCUGAGACUCGCUUCUUGCCCAACCACGUACCUCAAGGAAUGUCAGCAUUCAGGCAGGAAUACCUCAGCUUCCGCCGCAUAGAUCCUACUCCCUUGAGGUUUACCGAAUUCAUUGAUCCGUUGCGCUUCUUCGCAUAUCCCAUUGUCAUGGUGCCAGCUGCCAGCUACGCUAUGAUUUUCCUGUGGGGCGCUGUAAUGCUCAGUUUUGAGAUCCCCCAGAUCUACCCCGAGAAGUUUGGCUUGAGCACCGAGCAGGUUGGUCUCCAGUACGUGGGUGUCAUUGUCGGCACGGUAAUUGGGGAGCAAUUCGGUGGUAUCAUCUCAGACAGGUGGAUGUUGAUGCAGGAACGCAGAGGAAAGACGCCACGACCGGAAUACCGCUUAUGGCUGAGCUAUUUCGGCUAUCUGUUGACUAUCUGUGGUGUUGUCGUUUUCUUUGUGCAGACGGAAAAUGCCUCAGAUAAGUGGAAUGUUACUCCCAUCAUCGGGGCUGGCAUCGGAGCUGCAGGCAACCAGGUUGUCACGACUGUUCUGAUCACGUACGCUGUGGACAGCUAUCCCCAAGACGCUGCAGCGAUCGGCGUGUUCAUUACAUUCAUCCGUCAGACUUGGGGUUUCAUUGGGCCAUUCUGGAUCCCCGAAAUGAUCAAAAAUAUUGGAUUUGGGGCAAGUGCAGGAGUCUCAACGGCCAUGAUAGUGGCGGUGUCAAUUUUGCCUACGAUCUUGCUGCAGUGGAAGGGCAGACGUUGGCAGAAACGCAGCAAUAAGAUGGGCGAGUCAUAUCACAGUUAAUACUUUGUCUGGUGUUACAUCCACAAGGAUCAAGACACAUGAGAGGCCACUCAUCAAUGCUAUAUAAAAGAUUAACAACUACCUAGAUUUCUCAUUGACC